CGUGUGUCAUGUCAUUGGAAGAAACUAUGAAGCGCGCACACAGCAUUUGCUUUUUCUCAGCGUAGAGAAACAAUUUGAUUCCCAAUGUUAUCGUUUGUAUUAAAGUAUCUAUAUUACAAAUAAAUCCGUGUGAUAUAUUUUAGUUGUUUUUGGAACUGUGUUGUUUGUCUAUUGUUUUGUAGCAGUCGUAGCAGCUGUAUGUGUUUAUAUACCUAAUAUCAUUUUAAUAAGUAAAACGAUAAAACCAGGUCACUUAAGUUAAUUUCGAAUUUGUGACGGUUCAUGAACUAAGAAACACAGCCAAACACAACUUGUGAAGUGCAGCAUUUCUACAGCCAACGAGGAUUCUUACUACCCUGUACUACUAGGAAGACAUCAUGGCCAACUAUAGGAUCAGAAAAUACGAGGACAAAGAUUGUGAAGUAGUGAGGGAUAUAUUUGCUGUGGGCACAAGAGAGCACAUUCCAGCUGGAUUUGUGUACACCCUGAAGCAGCCUCGGUUACACCUAACCUUGAUGUGUGUGCUCUGUCUUCUGUUCCUGAGCUCCAGAUCAUUCAUGCUUUCCAUCCUGGCAGUCGUCUUACUGCUAGCAGGAUUGCGUCAGGCAUCUGACUAUAUAUAUAGCACAUACGUAGAGGAGACCUUGAAAGACGACCUGCUGGACAUCAACAAAACGUACAUGAAGAGCAAAGGCUCUUGCUUCUGGGUGGCGGAGAGUAAUGAUCACGUGGUUGCUAUGGUUGCUACUGUACCUUCCAAAGAAGAGCCAGGCGCCUUGGAGUUGAAGCGCUUGUCUGUGAGAAAGAACUACAGACGUCUGGGCAUUGCCAAAGCGCUCUGCAGGACUGUUUUGGACUUUGCACGUGCAAAUGGCUACAAGGCUGUGGUGCUGGAGACGUCCCAUGUCCAGUAUGAUGCACAGAAGCUCUAUGAGAGCAUUGGUUAUAAAAAAAUCCAACAAUUUGUUUCCCCCAUGCUAGUAGACAAAAUCAUCAACUUCUCCAUACUAACAUAUAGAUAUGACUUUUUUUCCCCAUAACUAAACAAUCAAUCAGCAGUGAUUUGCUUUAAAAUGUCUCCAGCACAAUGGUGGUGGGUUCCUACUUUGCUAAUUAUUGUGGAGUGUGUAAUUAAAAGUGAAUGCAUUUAAAACCCAUGAACAUUCAUCCUAUAAGUUACCAAUAAUCCAAAAUAAUGCUUAUUGUAUAACAGAUUUGUAUUGUCAAUGAAAGUUAGAUCAUUUUAGCUGCAGAGAGCAUUGAGUUUACUUUUCUGUUAGUCCUGUACACUAGGUGUGUCCUCCUGUUGUAGAUUUUAUAUACCAAGCAUUUCUCUCUUUAUUUUUUAAGGUAGAUGAUAAGCCACUUGAGUACUGCUUCCGUUCUGAAUUUGACUUCAACCAAAUCAGUCUGCUGUUCUGUAUCAGCCUUUUUGUGUAUCAAAAACAGUUUCCUUUGUAUCCUGUGUGCCUAAUUGAAGUCAGUGAGAAAAUUAAACAGUACAAGAUUAUACUUGUACUGUAAUUUAUGUCUUUAUUUAACUAGUAACAGUAAAACCACAGAUUGUAUUAAAAUCUUGCCUUCCUUAUUAGAUCAGUGUCACUGCCACCAGUUUUGGCAGUCACUGAUAUACAGUAAACUCGCAAUUAUUCGUGGGUGGAUUAUCUGGAUUGCGGAUUAAUCGUGCUUGCAAAAAAUGAAGAAAAAUACAGGCGUACAGUACACAUUCUUUUACACAUGUUCAGGUUCCAUGGUUAGUGAUUUUAAAAAAGAAGCAGGAAGAGUUGAUCUCAUAUUCGAGUAACUCUGAUUCUUCAAGCAGUUUGAGGAAAUCAAUGAAAAAAUCAAGGAAGAGGACUACUUUAAUACCUAGAAAAUAAGUACAGUAUACUGUAUAUGUUUUAUAGGUUUUGCAUUGUCCGAGGGCAUCCCUCCCUUCCAUUACCCCGGAUAAUCGAGAGGACUGUAUAGGCAAAUAAAUACGCGGAAGAGCUUUUUAUAAGGCAAUCUAGUGAGAUAAAGGGUUUACCAAUGGGAAAGUCAAAGAUCUGCCCUGGUUUUACAGCUGUCCAAUCAUUAGUGAGCAGAGGCGGGACAUAAAUAUGCUAGGGUAGGGUGUAAGAAUAGCUGAAUUUCCCGCAAUAUUGCUUAUUAUAGCGACAGUUAUUGAGAAUUAUAUUGAUAACUUUGAAGUAAUAUUUCAAAUUGUCUUUUACAAAUUAAAAAAAAUAUCAUAAGACAACAGAGAUAUUGUAGUCGAUUUGGUUACAAAUUCAUUUUCAAGAAGAACUUACUCAGAAAAAAUGGCGGUAUACACCACAAAUACCUGAACUGACACAGGAAGGGGAGGGAUAUACUCGCCACUUCCAAAACUGAAAUUAUGAAAGGUAUCCAUGGCUUACCGAUAGCUGUCAAUUAAAAAAAAGUAUACUGCUGGAGCUGUAUUUUGUUCAGUACAGAAAAGGCGAUAUGGAACAGCAAUUGGCUACAGCAAUCUAAAAUGUCUAUCGAAGUCAGCUCAAAAACAUGAGCAUUCCCAAAUUCACUUGCGAGCCACUGUAACACUCAAAACAACUGGACAAACCCGGAUUGAUGCUCAAGUCAACUGGAUGAGCAGAAGCGCAGGGAUACAAUACACCAUAAUGAGCAAGUAACAAAAAAUUGUGAGGUUCUUAAAUGCUUGAUUGAUUCUGUUAUUUACCUUGGCAAGCAAGAACUGGCAUUCAGAGGGCACGAUGAAGGCACCAACUCCUCAAAUAGAGGUAAUUAUGUAGAAUUACUUUCUCUGAUUUCUGACUACGACAGCACGUUAAAGCAAUCACUUGUCAAUAGCCAAUAGUCAAUUUUUGUCAAAUUAUACUAUUUGAAUUAUUAUAGACAAUUAUUUGCAGUCAUGUAGACUGUAUUUUGGGAGGUUGUAUGAACCGGUAUAAUGUGGUUUCUGGGAGGUGUAAGGGUGAUCUCACAGUCAUUGUCUCAAAGAGGUGGUCAUUAAUAAUAAUAGUAAUACAUAAUAUCUUUAUUUUUAUAUAGCAUCUUUCAUAGUGGACCACCAUCACAAAGCGCUUUACAGAGGUAGGCUGUGAACUGUGCAUUAAAUGCAGAGUCACUUACAAUAGGACAUUGAUUUAACAUCUCAUCUGCAGGAUGGAGCACAAGGAAGUUAAGUGACUUGCUCAGGGUCACACAGUGAGUCAGUCAGUGGCAGAGGUGGGAUUUUAACCAGUGACCUUCUGGUUAUAAGCCCUGGACUUUAACCACUGGACCACACUGCCAUUGCCAUUUUUUAAUCUCCAAUCAGCACAUUGUCUGCCAGCUCAGACAUACCAUCUCUAUCACCUUGGUAGCUCAGACAACAUCUUGAGGCUAGGGUGGGGCUCAAAUACCACCUGACAAGACCUGUAGGUUACCUGCAGCUUUGUUGCUCAAGAUUCGACCUCCUGAGACCUGUAACUGCGCUUACAGUAUUGCUGUGAUUGUGUCCUGUACUGUCUUUGGAUUUGCUUUGUUCCUGAAUAAAACUUUUGAUUGAA